CUUACCGCCGCCGAAACCCUUUGUCCCCCACGCCACGCCGUCCCGCAUCAUCCCUCGCUCGUUCUCGCCUCCACACCCUCUAGAACCUUCCGGAAGCGGCGGGACGCACGCAGGCCAAGGCCCCCCAGGAGCGCGCCCCCCGCCUCCGGAAGCUUCUGGAAGCUCGGGGGAGAGAGUGGGACUGAGAAGACGGGGGGAGGAUGGGGACGUCGGAUCUGGACCGGCAGAUCGAGCAGCUGAAGCGGUGCGAGCCGCUGACGGAGGCGGAGGUCAAGGCGCUCUGCCUCAAGGCCAUGGAGAUCCUCGUCGAGGAGAGCAACGUCCAGCGCGUCGAUGCCCCCGUCACUAUAUGUGGAGAUAUUCAUGGACAAUUCUAUGACAUGAAAGAACUGUUCAAAGUUGGAGGUGACUGCCCAAAGACAAACUACUUGUUCCUUGGGGAUUUUGUUGACCGAGGAUUUUAUUCUGUUGAAACUUUUUUGCUUCUGUUGGCCUUAAAGGUUAGGUACCCAGAUCGUAUAACUUUAAUACGAGGAAACCAUGAGAGCAGACAGAUCACGCAGGUGUAUGGCUUCUAUGAUGAGUGUCUUCGUAAGUAUGGCUCAGUGAAUGUCUGGAGAUAUUGCACAGAUAUAUUCGACUAUUUAAGUUUGUCUGCACUCAUUGAGAACAAAAUAUUUAGUGUCCAUGGAGGCCUUUCUCCUAAUAUUACAACUCUGGAUCAGAUAAGAGUAAUAGAUCGCAAGCAAGAAGUACCUCAUGAUGGGGCCAUGUGUGACCUUCUCUGGUCUGAUCCAGAGGAUGCUGUAGAUGGUUGGGGCCUAAGUCCACGAGGUGCAGGAUUCCUAUUUGGUGGAAAUGUUGUGUCUUCUUUUAACCACACAAACAACAUAGAUUAUAUUUGCCGUGCUCACCAGCUAGUCAUGGAAGGGUUUAAGUGGAUGUUCAAUAACAAGAUUGUCACUGUAUGGUCUGCACCUAAUUACUGCUACAGGUGUGGCAAUGUUGCUGCAAUUCUAGAGCUUGAUGAGAAUCUCAAUAAGCAGUUCCGUGUAUUUGAAGCUGCCCCACAUGAGUCAAGAGGUGUACCAUCAAAGAGACCAGCACCAGAUUACUUUCUAUGAGGCUGCAGAUUCAAUGCGUGGCGUGCUAUUUAUCCUGCAAACAAGCACCGGCGGAUUCAAGUCUUGCAGACUCCGACUUUCUAAGAUGAGCUGGGCUCAUGCUUUGCAAGACUCUAGACAGGAGGUGCUUUCGAGAUGUAUAAAUUGAUUUAAGUCCCCAAUCUAUCAUUUGUAGGGGUUUUGGUCUCGCCUUCCAAUCCAGGCUUUUGGAGCGCAGCUCACAUUUGAGCUUGAGAAAAGUGCCCCUGUGAAGGGAGUGGUGUAGGUGAAGCCACUCCUGUGAUUCCAUGGGUGUGCGUUGUUGGUCCAUGAUGUAAAAUUUUGUUGCUAGCCCCGUUGUCCCCAGGAAAUCCUGUGCUAGAAAAUAAUACGCAAAUUGGUGUGCACGAGUAUCUAUUGUUGCCAGAAUGCAGAUGCUGGCAGUUUUGUUGCUGGGCAUUUUGCACAAACUGUCCUAAGAAAGCAUGCCCAUUCCUACCAGAAAAAAUACCAGUGUAAUGGUAUUAAUACUUUUGUUCAGUUCGUUCACUUGUCAGGAUAAGGGCUCCCUACUAAUUUAGACGUUUGGUGUUCAAAUGGUACUCGCGAAAAUUCGAAUCGUUUUAACUUGCAGUUGGUCAAAAUGUCAUC